UGAGGAAUACGAAAAAAAGGUCAAAACUAUUAGUUUGGAAAACAAUAUUAGCGAUCAAAUGGCAAGAACACAAAUUUAUGAUGAGAUGUCUCAAAAAUUGAUUGGCAUGAACAAUUGCGAACACGCAUAUAAUCUACCAGCGACUGAAUCUCAAAUUUUUGACUCAAAAACAAAGAUUUUAUCAGAAACCAAGAUUAGUAUGCCAGUUAAACCUCAAGCAUCUGAUGCUUCUUCAAACUUGAAAACUGAGUCGA